CGUUGUCAGGUGGUGCUGUCGCUGUGGAAAGAUGCGAUCAGAAAAGAGCGGAGGCUUUUCCUUAAUUGCUCAUUUCGGUAACAGAGGCUAAAACAACCUGAAACCAACCCACCUCGGUGUCUUCUGGUCGGGAAACAAACUCCACAUGCAUACAGCAGCGUUCACCCACGAAAUGUCCAUGCUGUAACACGACAACAUAGACUUUACCCGGCGGUUUUGGCUCGAGUCAGCCAGGAGGAUUACUGCUGAAGGCCAAAGAGCUCCAGAAUGUCUAAGCGGCGCUCGUCAGAGAGGGGGGCUGGAGAGACCUCAGGCAGGGCCAGCAAGCUUCUGUGUCCCGGGAUAUCUGGUAGUAACGCCAAGAGAGCUGGGCCCUUCGUUCUUGGGCCUCGCCUCGGUAACUCUCCCGUGCCCAGCAUAGUGCAGUGUCUGGCCCGGAAGGACGGCACAGAUGACUUCUACCAGCUCAAGAUCCUGACACUGGAAGAGCGAGUGGACUCUGCCGGGGAGACCCAAGAGGAGAGGCAGGGAAAGAUGUUGUUGCACACAGAGUACUCCCUUCUUUCUCUGCUGCACAACCAAGAUGGGGUGGUGCACCAUCAUGGCCUCUUCCAGGACCGUGCCUAUGAGAUCGUAGAGGACAUAGAGGCUAACAAAGUGCGCAAGAUGAAGAAGCGGAUUUGUCUAGUACUGGACUGCCUGUGUGCCCACGACUUCAGCGACAAGACAGCUGACCUAAUUAACUUACAGCACUACGUCAUCAAGGAGAAACGACUGAGUGAGCGCGAGGCCAUUGUCAUCUUCUAUGAUGUGGUGCGUGUCGUGGAGGCCCUGCAUAAGAAAAAUAUUGUGCACAGAGACCUCAAGCUGGGCAACAUGGUGCUGAACAAACGGACUCACCGUAUCACCAUCACCAACUUCUGCUUGGGAAAGCACCUGGUGAGUGAGGACGACCUGCUGAAGGACCAGAGAGGAAGUCCAGCAUACAUCAGCCCUGAUGUACUGAGUGGUCGGCCAUACCGUGGUAAACCCAGUGACAUGUGGGCUCUUGGUGUGGUGCUGUUCACCAUGCUAUAUGGCCAGUUCCCUUUUUAUGACAGCAUACCUCAAGAGCUCUUCCGGAAGAUCAAGGCUGCUGAGUACUCCAUCCCAGAGGAUGGGCGUGUGUCAGAGAGCACAGUGUGCCUCAUCCGUAAGCUGCUGGUGUUGGACCCUCAGCAGAGGCUGACCGCAGGAGAGGUGCUGGAGUCCCUCAGUGCCAUCAUUGCCUCUUGGCAGUCGGUUUCAUCAUUGAAUGGUCCCCUCCAAGUAGUGCCGGAUAUUGACGACCAGGUCAACCACCCAGAGCAUCUGCAAGAGGCCAAGGUGACAGAGGAGUCUUCGCAGUACGAAUUUGAGAACUACAUGCGCCAGCAGCUACUGUUGGCUGAGGAAAAGAACACUAUCCACGAGGCCAAGAGCUUCCUCACCAAGCGCCAGUUUGGCAGCAUCCCGCCUGUUCGGCGCCUGGGCCACGAUGCCCAGCCUGUCAGUCCCCUAGAUGCCGCCAUCCUGGCACAGCGUUUCCUACGGAAGUAGCCCCUGACCACUCACCCCAGACUCUCUGGCCUCCCCCAGGUGGUGAGAGACACGUGGAGUCCAGAGAGGCCUGAGGAGGAUAAGCCCCAAAACUGAACUCACUCAUCGGAGGCCCGGCCCAAACCUGGGUUGGGGAGCACCUUUAGGUGGGCUUUAGGCAAGCUAAGGGGAGUAGGCACGAGGAGGAUAUGAGAAUGAACUGCUCACCUGGAACUUCACUCGCCAUGUCUUGGAUCCUCGAAAAAAAAUGUAGCGGGGAAGGCCUGGAAGAAGAUCUGCACCAAAGGUUCCUCGCCCUCAGAUCACCCACAGUCAGAUCACACCAUGCAACAACCUAAUGGCACAGUCACCCAUGGGCUACCACAGUGCUCUGCCUAGAGUAUUGAAGAGACUAUUAACCCCAUAUUCCUGCUCCUUUGAGAUUUCCCUACUGUAACACUUUCGCCAUCUACUCUGGGUCCUCUGAGCAAUACAGGACCAGAAUCAUGUAGCAACCCCCUCUUCCUCUAGCUGUCAAUGGUAUUGCCUCAAGUCAGAUCACCUGAUCAGAGAUGUCACUCCUCUAUACCUCCACAUCCCAUCCUCCCUCUAUUUCCUUCUUUCUCUUCCUCUCUUCUAUUUUCCGGUAUCCAAAAUGAUCUUGAGUGGUCCUGUCUGUAACUAUGACUUCAAAUCAAUCUACCUCUCUGUCUCUCUUCUCUGUCAGUAAACCAUGCUCACUGUUCUUGAGAAAAACAAGGGAUUGUAAAAGGGGAGUCGUGAUGCCACCAUUGACAUUAAGCAUUAAUGUUUUCUGUCAGUGAUAAUGGUUUUGAAACCUUUUCAGUGGGUUACUCUCACAAUCUGAAUAAGCUUUUUUCAUAUUAACCUUAAUAAGUAGCAUUUUACCCCUUCUUUUGACAUUGAAGAUACUGAAUUAUCAAAGUAUAUGCGCACGCAUCCUUUGAUAUUCACAGAAAGCAUUGUCUCUUACUUUUGCUCAUACCUGUGUAAAUCUAUUUUUAGCACCUAGGCAGCUAGUGUCAGGUACCUGGAAGUCACAAUGCCAAGAACUGAAUGAGGAAACACUGUUGGAUCCUCCCUGCCAAGGCAUGUUGGUGGUAACUUUUCCUCAGUGCCCUUACAGUGAAGAUCAGGCACUAUCAUAUUUCUCUUGCCAAAAAUCAUGUCUUAACAAAUUGUUAGCCAAGGAACUGAUACCUCCAGCUUCAUUCAGAAUCAAAUGGCUUCCAGGUAUUCCAACUUCCCUGUUUCUCUUUAUCAAGACAGAUCAUGGGACAAAUGUUUUCAGUAUGAAUGUGAACUAUCACGCAAUGCUUUGAUUUGUGUGCAGUAUCUGUGAGAGUGCGUGUGUGUGUGUGUGUGUGUGAGAGGGAGAGAGAGAGAGAGUGUGAGUGUGCGUGCGUGCGUGCGUGCGUGCGUGCGUGCGUGCGUGCGUGCGUGUGUGUGUGAUUGGGCUAGAGUGUGUGUCAGGCAAAGAUAAGGGUCUGCAGUGUUGAAGAGUUGUUAAACUCUUGACAGUCACAGACCCCUUAAGCUAUCCUCCAAUCUCUUUUAUCUGGCCUGCCUCAGUGGCAGACACUGUGAAAACCAGAGCAGGCUUUGCUAAGACAGGGGCUUCGACUGAACGGUUCAGCGAAUUCCCUCUGUCAUAAACGCUUAGUUAAGAUUGGAAAGUAUCACAUAAUAUCAUCCCAUUGCCAUUCACAAGCCCUUGCUUUAGCUUGACUUGUACAUGCUUGUAUUAUCUCGCUCUCUGAGAGACUAGCCGGUUGCUGGUAAACAAUACUGUAAAAUUUCAUAGAGAAAUCAAAAUAUAAAAUCAUAGGUUUUAAGUUUAGUUGGUAGGUCCUUUUGUCUACUGAUGCAUUCUCAUCUUUAUCAAAGGGAUUCUCCUAAAUAUGGCAAAGCUACUAACCUGUGACUAUGUUAAGCAUCUGUACACUGCAACUUGCCUUUGCGUACUGGUAUCUGCUUUAGGCUUUUUAGACUUCUUCCUAUUUAUAUCCAAACUGAUCGCAUGAAUAGAGGCUCUGGCCUAUUUCCAAAUGUCUUUUCAUACUACUUUCUCCUUUCCUUCUUUGUAAUUUCAUGCAAGUUGAUAUGUUAUUUAUUCACUUGUUUAGACUUUUUUUUUUUUUUUUUUUUUUUUUUUUUUUUAAACCCUUGAGCCAUUGGGGCAGGUAUCACAGACAUGCAUUAUGCUUAGUCAAAAAGGUCCCUUUGAAUGGAGAUAUCUUUUGAUAAAAGUUUCAUAGUCUAGGACUAGGCUUAAAUUCAUGUCCACGACACAGUCCCCAAAUCUCUUUGCUCUCACAGCUUUAAACAAGAAGUGUUUGCAGUUUGAAUAGUUUCUUUUAAAAUGUUUCCACUUUAGCCAUUGCAUUUACUUCCUUUUCAGCCGCAUCUGAAAGAGCAGCAUCUGUAUUGUUGUUGUGUUAUUUUUUUCCUCCUUAAUUAAGUUUCUUGCCAUUUUGCCACAAACUCUGUGGCCAACUUAAGCUACACUAAUAAUGAGACUGACUUUUGCAUAGUUCUAUUUUUUACAGAAAACAAAAUGAUAUUCGCACAUUAUCUUGAUUUACGGGAGUGAUUUGUAGUGUUUUUCUAUCAUCAGCCCAGACCCAUACAAGGCUGCACUCUCUGGUCAGUAUGUAAAUAUGUACCAUCAUGACUGCGCCAGUCAUAUUGUAUGUAGUGCCACCCAAUGAAACGUUUCCAACUCUGUUUCAACACACACCGAUUGACAUGCAUUAGAGGCCACGUUGGCCAUCAACCACCACAUUUGGAGGUAACAGAAAACGUAAUGAGAACUGAUAGCUUGCUCCCACCUCAAUGUGAAUUCCAUGGGUAUAAAGCAGUAUUUUAGUAGUGUAGGUUGUUCAUCAGAAAAGGGUGUUUCAUGAGCACCAUAGUCAUCGUUGAACACUAACAUAAAGUGAUUGUCUGUGGCAAACAUCAGGCACCAUCUUCCAUGAGGCCCAGUAUAGCUGUUGAAUAGUAACUAUAGGCUCGAUAGACCUUUGAUAUUGAUGUAUUAUCUGUCUCCCCUUAUCAAAAAGUGUUUUUCACAUCCUAGCUAGUGGAUUUUACCACAUUUGAUGUUUGUUUUACAGAGUUGUAUUGGUAGACUGCAAUGUUCUGUGGACUGAAAAGCAUGGAAAUAGUGUGAGGUUAAACUCUUUGUGAAAGAUGUGACUUUUGCAUGAUUUUGAACUUGCAAGGUGUGCCACAACAACCGAUACAAAUCAGAAAAUAAUUUUUACUAUGGGUUUUACAGAAAAGAUCUACAGCAACAGCAAAAAUCUCUUCCUCAGUUACCGUACUGUACCGUCGUCUGCCGCUUCCUCAAUUAAAUGACUGAUAAAAUGUUUUUUUUUUUUUUUUCCAAAAAGUUCAAUUUGUAUACUGAUUUUCACCCUGAUUCUAAAAUACACUCUUCAGUAUAUAACUAAUAUAUUGGCCCUUCUGACUAUUUCAACUGGAAACUAGAUAAUGGUAUAGGAUUUGAUAUGUGGUGGUAGAUAGUUGAAACCCAAUGGAAUAAUGUGUUGUAAGCUGCUUGGUUGGAUAUGGGCAUCUAGAUACAAAAAACUGCGUAAUUGUACAGAUGAAAAACACGUUUGUAUAAAAAACAUAUUUUUGUACUUCAUCAGAUCUCUACAUGCAUGUCAGCAAUAAACUUUGAUAUGGAAACAUUC